ACUGUAAAAAAAAAAAGAUGGCGGCGAGUGUAUUGCGGCUUUCCACCAGGAAAAUGGGCGUUAUGGCCCGUAAUCCCAACUUGAAAACAUCGUCCAUGUUCAGGACGACUCAAAGCAGGACAGCGGUUUCCACCCAGUCUGGAGCAAUCCUCCCGAAACCCGAGAAAACGCCGUUCGGUCUUGUCUGGAUGACGGCGGUGGUCGUGCCUUUCCUUUACGUGGGAACUCUGGUCAGCAAGAACUUUGCAGCUCUCCUGGAGGAGCACGACAUCUUUGUACCUGAAGAUGAUGACGACGAUGACUGAGCCCAGUGCUGUUCGACGUACUGGGAGGGCGCUUUGCAUCAGCGACAGAUUACCAGCUGGCACUUCGACGGACGGGGAACUCUGACUUCCAGAAGACAUCCUUUACAUCCACCCAUGGUCUCUGAUCUUUCUCCUGUUUGUGAGAAACGUCGUGUUGUGAUGCUGGCAGAACCAGCCUUCACU